GUCUGGAGCUGGUUAAGGCGAGUGCUGCACAUUUUUUGAGUGAUUCGUUUGAAUUCAGUCAGUAAACCAAAAGGAAAAUGGACGAGAGCACACUGAUGGAGACUACAGAUGAAUAUUGGCAUAAAAACCACAUUGCCGUUUCCAUCCUCCUCGGCAUUGUGGUAAUUCUUAGUGUUGUCGGUAACUUUAUUGUUAUUGUGACCAGCAUAUUCUAUGUGAGGCUUCGAUCACUGACCAGCAUCUUCAUACUCAACUUGGCUCUGUCAGACCUGCUGUUCACUGUUGGACUGCCGUUCUGGGUCUGUGAUUACAUCUGGAAUUUGGAUCUUGGAGAUGCACUUUGCAAAGUUUACAAGUUUUUUUUCUUUUCAGUUGGAUUUUACAGCAGCGUGGUGCUCUUGGGGUUGAUGACUGUUCAUCGCUAUAUGGUUGUUGUGCAUUCUCUCUCAGGCUGGAAGAAAGAACCUAGUUUUACAGAGGUUUUUAUCUGUGUGUGGGUGAUGAGCAUCUUGGCAUCAUUGCCAGUCACAGUGCAUGCUAAAGCGAAUCCUUACUCACAAGGCUGUACAUACAGCAGUAAUGCUGCAUUUCUUGCUAUUGCAUAUAAAGAGAUUAUUAUUUAUAUGUACGCCUUUUGGUUCAUAGCUUUAUGCUACAUCACAAUUUUGCAAAACAUUAUCAGGUCAACAACAAAUCAGGGACACGGAACUACUGGACUCGCCUUCACUCUGGUAGCUACCUACUUUGUUUUUUGGGGUCCUUAUAACAUAAUGCAUUUUCUGAACAUCUUAAAUUAUCCUCAGGUCGUGGUUUAUAUGUCUGUCAAAUAUCACUUUAAUGCCGUUAACAUCUGCAAUAUUCUGGCUCUCACCAGAUGCUGCCUCAAUCCACUGAUUUAUGGUUUAUUUGGACUAAAGUUCCGUAAGACCGCAAGAGAGAUUUUUAAAAAGGGAGCUACUACAAACUCUACACAGAUGGAAAUUGAAUUAACAGUGAUGUCAGUUUGAACGAUUAAGUGCCAACUUCUGUAACUUUUUGUACUUACCUGUAACUUCUAGCUGCGGAGCCUCAACUCCUAACACAAAAAAACAGUCAGGUAUUUUUCACAAAUUCUCCCAGAACAAAAAAAAAUGAAUCAAAUAUCAAAACAUGUAUUUUGUGGCAAAAACUAAUUAGUAGAAUUAUAAUUAUAAGACCUCAUGGACCACAAUCCAGACUUUUGGAUUCUCUUGAUUCUCUAGUGAUGAUUGUAAAAUCUUCAAAGUUCAAAGUUCAAGUUUGGUCAAAGUUGUCCAAAAGUUCUUAAUUUUCAUUGCAUUCAGGCUUUAAUCUCAGGUGAAUAUUAUUUAUGCUUUAUCUGACUAGUUGAUCAAAUUUGAAAUCUGUGAUUUUUCUGAUUAUUUGUGCUUGUUUGCUUUACCUCAUGAUAAAAUAUUUGCACUUCCUGUGUUCAUUUUCAAUGACUGAAACUAAACUGCAUUUAAGGGAUGCAUGUAAUGGUCUUUUUUCUCAUUUCAUGUAUGAUUUAACUCAUUAUACACUCACCAUUUAAA